UUAUCGGGAGUUGGCAGCCUUGGAGAAGUCUCCGGCAACAACUUUGCACCCGAUUCUUCCUUCUAUGCUCCGUCAUUCAUCGAAUUCUCAUGCCACAUUCUCCAAUUCCCCUUUGAUUCCUGAAAUUUUUUCUUUACCAUUCGCAUUGUUAUACGGAUUAGGAUUAGGGUUCAGAUUUCCCGCCUGAGAUCUUUCAAUUGUAGCACCUAUGCGCUGUUUCGCACCGAUUCCCCUCUGCAUCAUGGCCAUUACCCUCUCCUUCUUCUUUUUCUGCUCUCCGGUGGCGGGAUCCGAGUCGGAUUUUUCAGGAGUUAUUCAGUUACCGACGGAUGUCGAUGUCGGUGACGGUGAAGGCGUCUGCGCAGGAGUUGCAAAGCCGGCGUCGUGUCCGGUUAGCUGCUUUAGAACGGUGCCUGUCUGCGGUGUCGAUGGGGUUACCUAUUGGUGCGGUUGUGCCGAUGCUAUUUGCGCCGGUACUCCAGUUGCCAAAUUAGGGUUUUGUCAGGUUGGCAGCGGCGGCAGCGCUUCUUUACCUGGUCAGGCUUUGCUUUUGGUUCAUAUUGUUUGGCUGAUCUUGCUUGGUUUCUCUUUGUUUUGCGGUCUCUUUUGAUUGUUGAAGAUUGAAGAGAGUUGUAUUUCACCGGUUGAGAUUCUGGUUGUACGAUAUAUGCUUUCUUAUUAUCAUUGUAAAGGAAACUCUUUGACUUAAUGCACUUCUUUACAGAUUGAUUGUUCAUCUCUCCAUUUAAGCCAAAUCCUGAUUCAAUAUUAUUGCAUUAAUAAUAACAGAACAGAGCU